GUUCCUGAAGAAAUGAAAAAUUCGAGGAUAAGGUUUUUUGAAAUAUAAGAGAAUAACAAUAAUUUAUGAAGAUCCAUCGAUAGAGUAGACAAAUUUAAUUAAAAGACACUUCUCAUUGAGAGGAUAGCGGAGAAAUUCGCAGAAAUUCAGUGAAAAUGUCCGAGAUACCAUGGAAAAACACCUUGGACGCGUGAUGGGAUGGCCAGGAACGUGAAAAAAUUCGUCGGCGAUAAAUUCGGAUCACUGGUGCGAAUAAAUCCAGAGAAAUCGAAGGGAGAGGUAGACCGGAAGCGGGCUAGCCCGCGGCGGAAGAUCGCGAAUAUAUUGAAAGAAAUACAGAAGGACAACGGUGGACAGGAAAGGGUGGGAGAGAAAACGCUUGAAUACGCUGAUAAACGGUUGAAUAAUGGCCACGCAAAUUGCGUCGGUGGAGAACCGUGUGAUAAAUGAACGACCGAUGGAAAUUCCUUCGGGUGCAACGUGGAUGCACCAGGCCCGGUUGCACAACUCGUUGUCGCUUUCAUUCAAACAAUUCUUAUGAAAUCAUUCAGCUAUUCUGAAUCUGAUUCAGAGCUGUUCUAGGAAAUUUCAUUUGGAACUCGUGAGUUAACUAAUUUGGAGGAACUUUGAAAUAAAAAGUUUGUGAAGAAGAAGAAAGGAAAUUUGGAAAAGUAUCAAAUAAAAAAGAAGCAGAGCCACAGACACAGUUUCUUCUUAUAAAUAAAAUUUAAAGUUUAGGAUAAACAGAGCUGUAAGACCCAUAGAAGGGAAAGAAGUUUGUGAAGAAAGUUGGAAAAGCUGGAAAAUUGCAUAAUAGAAGAUAAUCUGAAGAAAUAUAAGAAACUAAGGAGGCAGCAUUCAGUACUUUCCAUAAGGAAUAAAGUUUCAUAUAAAAAUUUAUAAAAGAAAAAUUUAAUUGAAAGACAUUUUGAAAAAUAUAAAAUUAAAAAUUCAGCAACUACAGGUGUGAAAUUGAAAACUGGAUACUGACAGAAUUAUCAGAACGGAUGCUGAGGAAAAGAUUGCAUGAAAAGCUUGCAAAAGAGAAGGAAAGCUGCAGAGGGAUGUAAGAAAAAUUUAGAGAGUUGGAGGGAAAAAGGAAACAAUAGAAAAAGUAUAAAAGUUUAAGAAGGGAAGCGUAGAAUCUGGGAAGGAUCCAGAAGAAAUUUAAUUUAAAAAAAUCCAACAGGAGAAAAAUAUCGUAGAGAAGAUUGUAACAAGAGAAAAAAAAGGAAAGGCAGAACCAGUGGAAACUUCGGAAGCACUUUAAGAAGGAAAGCAAAAAGCUAAAGAGGAAUCGGUGCAAAAUCCAAGGAAGGAAAGAGACGCGACAGUGAUUUACAAAGUCUCUGGGAAACCAUUAAAGAAGAAGUAACAAUUCGAAAAUCGAAGAACAAAACUCUAAUUGCAAAAUAAAAUAUAAGAAAUAUAUAUUUCAGAUCGAUAAAGCAGAGAUUUAAGAAAAAGAAAAGUAGAAAAUUAUUAAAUGUUUCGCUAAUUAACUAAUCAAUCGUCAUUAAUUAAUAGUACAAAUCUCAUAAAAUAAAUUAAUUAUUAAAUCUAGAUUGAAAAAUCUCCUAAAGCAAUUUAGUUUUCUAGUAAAAUUUUGUUAGUGUUCAAUUUAAGAAGUUCGUGAACUGCAAGAACAGUGAAUUUUAAUUGAAACUUCUAAUUAUGUCAGAAAUUUGCGAUCGCUCGUUUCGAACAUUCUAAUAUACUCAAGUGUGUUUUUGUGAUCGCGGUGAGAUUGUAAAUUAAUAAAAAUGAUGGCGGGUGCUGGAAUGUUGAGAACCAGACGCAGGGACGUGAGUGUGAAACCGAAUAGGAAACUCGACCGGAAGUCGUCGAGGGGGAUGAUCUACGAGAACGAGGAGCUCAGGUUGAGGACAAUUAAUAUCAACGCUGAAGUGGAACAAGGUCAAAACGACAUCAAAAAGCUACGCAGAGAGAACGAGCAGCUGCGUAGGGAGAUAUGGAGCCUCAGGGACGAGUACGACAAACUCGAGGAGAUCCUGAAGAGGCAGAAGAGCCGCACAGAAAGCGAGGAAUACGAGGAUCGCUCCGAAGAGGAUGACGAACUGCAAUCCGACUACUCGUUCGAGGAGGACGAGAAAGCCGAAGAGGAGGACACCGGAGAAACCUGCAAGGAUCUCACUAAAUCCGAGCAGCUAGAGAACGCUGAAAAUCAGAAGAUCUCGUCCGAAAAGAUGACCAGCAGUCUGCACAGGCUGCACGUGGACUUCGACGACUUGUCCGUAGUCGACGAAGAGGAGGAAUUGAAGAGGGACAGGGAGAAGAAGGACCAGUCCUCUGAAGACGUCCGACAAUUAAAGGAAGAGAAAGGUCCUCUGUCUAUCCUAAAAUCCAGGCAACUGCACGAAAAUAUACCUUUCUACCCUGGAACCUAUCAGCCACCUACCGACUUGACCAGUCCUACCUACUACACCGAGUGUCCCUUCAAGUUCCCAAGCACCCUCAAUCUCAUGGUGCCUUCCGAUGCACCAGGGAUGCUGGGUGAUCAGAAUAUGGAUCAGAUCAACGAUCAGAUACUGCACGCGCCUCCUCUAGGCUGGCAGACUAACAUUCUGAUGCCUCAGAAUCAGAUCCCAAAUUUUGGGACCCAAAAUGUGGACGAUGCUUUAGGUAUGCAGGGUUUUGGAGGGAAUUAUCAGGACACAGGGUUCCUUAAUUACCCUAGUUUCUUUCAAAAGAGGAAUACAGGUCUGAACCAACCUGGCAGCGCGUUCAAUCACCCAGUCUUUGGGAAUUCGCAAGCAGUUUCUGACAAAAUGGUCACUGAGAAUGGCUGGGGUGUCGAGGACUCGAAGGAUCAAGGAUCGGAUGAAUCAAAGAAGCAGGACGCUGAAGAGAAGGCUUCGGAAAAGCCGAAGCACUUCUUCGCGCCGUUGCCUUCCAAGAUCAAGAAGCACACCGAAGAAUCAUCACCGACUACUAGUAACUUUGGAACGGGGAACAGUUCCAGCAGUGGCAAGACUGGGUCUACCGUGAUUUCCAAGAACCAGUUCGCUCAGAAAGGCUCGGCUGACAUUUACGUGAAGGGCGCAGUGCCGUGCGAGGAGGAUUUGCUGAAGAAUAGGACUGAACAGAGGACAUAUUUGAGUACAGACAACCUGGUGAUCAACGAAGAUAAAUCCACAACAGGGAAUCAGUUGACGAAGUCGAUGUCCUGUCAGGAUCUCUCCUCUGAAUCCCAGAUCGCCUCUAUCAGCGAAGGUAGACAGCCACUGAUGACCCAAAGUGACAACACUUUGGACAACAUAUCAGACUCGAAACCGUACAAGUCCCACCUGACAGUGACGUUAAAGACCCCACGCGCGCAGCAAGCGGUCAGCCCUGACACCCCAGAGAUCCCUCAACUACCUUCCAUAGAGUCCCGACUGUUCAAGAACCCUUUCCUACGCAAUUUCGAGCCGAGCCGCAGCUACGUGGACCAGAACAACGUGACCAGACCCCUGUCCGUCCAAGUGAACGACGACAGCCUCUGUUAUUAUUCACCCCGACCGGACGUCUCCACUUUCAAGAGAGGCAUCCACUCGGGGGACAGGUACAGACAGGUGCAAACCGAUCCGAAUCGCCUGUUGAUACCCUCCAAUCAAUUAAUCAACGAGAAACUGACGUCACCGAGCAACAAACAUCAAAUUCAAGUGACAUCCUUCGAGAGACCGAGUCCACGGACUCUGGUAGGUUCGUCCAGUCCCUACGACUAUGCGACCCUGCGCAGGUUGAACCCUUCUUACCUCCAGAAGCAGAAUCCUUAUCAGAACAUGAACUUCCUGCCCAGAGGUGGGUUUUAUCCCCAACGGGGGAUGAUGUAUUACGACACCCUGACGCGCAAGGUGCCAGCGCAGACCCAGACCUCCAUAGACGGAGACUCUCACCACGAAGACGAGCACGCGUUGUUCCGCGAAGAGAGUGCGCCUAGCACUCCAAGUGGGCAACGUCGCAGGAGGACGAUUAGGAAGGAGAAAUUUGGGGUGAUCAAAGAGCUGAAGCCUAUGACACCGUUGCUUCACAGGAGGCUGAGGAAGCAGAGCAGCGUCACCUCCUCGGAGGUGCCUGAGUCACCUGAGAAAGCGGUCAGGAAGAGGAUGAGGAAGUUGAGCAUGACUCCGACGACCGCGUCGGAGUGUCAGGAGGAUAAAAACGAGAGCAGAUCCUCGUCGUCCGGGCAGGACUCGCCUAAGAAGGAUCAGACGAGGAGGGUGUCGCUGUAUUUCAACGCGAAGAAGAGACCCUCCCUGACGUCCGUGAAGACCAGCAGGAGCGGAAGUGUCGACGUGGCCAGAGAUAAGGAUAUCGUAACGAACUCGGAGAGGGAGAGGACCAACUCGAUGAGCAGCAGGGAGACGAGCGCGAAACCGAGGAAAACUAGCACCAGCAGCGGGAACGUGCCUUGGUGCGCUUGCUGGGGCAACGGGUGUAUCUAGGAUCUCCUAAUUGAUUUCGUUCGGUUUAAUUAGACGUUCGAAUUUUGUUUACCUCGCGGAUCGAGCCGAUCCCGUGCGGUCUCGAUCGAAUUAAAAGCUGCCUCGUGCUCGGUCAGGAGGUAUCGUUAGAAAGUGUGAGACAGGUUGCGAUACUGGUUCCGACGGAGACUCGUUUAUGAGCGUUGAGUAAUUAACUGGUCUGAAGGGAAUUUUUGUUCGCCGCGAUACUCGGUGGUUUCGUACCUACGACUCGGGUAAACUUUGGAAUAUUCAUAAAGAGAUAACGAGCAUGAAAUACUUGAUGUUUACGAAGACUGUCAUUUAUCUGAAGAGAAAUUAUUGCCUAGGAUUUUGUUUGAAAAAUUCUGCAAUUUUUUGGUUCAACGUUUGAAACGGUAAACUUUAGGUUUUGUGGAAUCAGAAGGAAAGGGGUAAUUAUAUUUGUGAUUUAAAAAGUAAAGUGGAAAGUCAAAAGUAACCCCAUUUGGAUCAUCAGAAAUUAUAAUAUGAAUCAUAUGGAAAUAAUGGAUAAUUGGAAAUUAUGUGGCAAGUUGUAAUGAGAAUUAAUUAUAACUGGGUCAAAAAUUAUAAUGGGAAUCAUAUGGAAAUAAUAAAUAAUGGGAUGUUAUAAUGGGAAUCAUAUGGAAAUAAUAAAUAAUGGGAAGUUAUAAUGGGAAUUAUAACUGGGUCAGAAAUUAUAAUGGGAAUCAUAUGGAAAUAAUAAAUAAUGGGAAGUUAUAAUGGGAAAUAUAAUUGGGUCUGAAAUUAUAAUGAGAAUCAUAUUAAAAUAAUGGAUAAUGGGAAAUUAUAUGGGAAGUUAUAAUAGAAAUUAUAACUGGGUCAGAAAUUAUAAUGGGAAUCAUAUGGAAAUAAUAAAUAAUGGGAAAUUAUAUGGGAAGAUUACCUUCGACAUCUUGAAAAAUGACAAGGAACGACUUUGAGGAUCGUAAAAAAUUACCCCAUUUGGAUCAUCAGAAAUUUCUUUUGAAAAAAAGCAACGAGAUAUCGAACCAGUAGCGAUAUGUUCCAGGAAGAGCUGUAUCGACCUUCAACGCAAAUAUACAGCAACCGCUGCAACCAAUGGGAAAAGCCAUAAAACUAGCAACGGGUGAACCAGGACACCAUAAAACCUGUUAGCGUUCCGGUGACAGUUGUAACCGAAAUGGCUUCUGCCAACACGAUCGGUUCGUGAUGUCUAUGGUGUUUCUAGAUCGAAAUAGGAAAUUAAUAUUUAACUAGAAACCGAAGGUAUCCGAUGGAACCGAACUAUGAUGGAAAAUUAAAAUGUUAUUUGUAAUUUUAUACCGACUGUAGGUUCCAAACGUUAACUGUAUUAUUUUUCAUUGUGGACUUUCAAGACAAAAGUGUCUUAACACUUUGAUUAAAUGGACAGAGUUUAAUGAAAUAAAAAUAGUUAAGGUGUUAAUUAGAAAUAAAUUUCAUUCUUAUAUUUUCAGAACUAAUUGAUUAUGAUGUACGUUAGAUAAUAAGCUUUUUGUAAUACAUCAAUUUAGAAAUAUCAUCCAUGCAUUUAUUUAGCGUUAAUGAUAUUGUAUAUAUAUUAUUAUAAAUAAGUUUGAUACACGAAUCAAUCGAAUCAAUAUUAAAGUAUCGUUCAUUUAAAAAAAUUAUUAAAUAGAAUAAGUGUACAGUUUGCAAAUAUAAAAUUUCUAUUGUACUUGGAAAAUUAAAAAUUAACGAUGGUAAACUACUUCAAAAUUCUUUGUCAAUAUAGGGUGAUUUAUAUAAUUGUUUACCCCUGUACAAUAAUUGUCCCUUUUCCUAAAAAAAUAAGGUAUGUAAUAUAAUGCAUUUCUUAAUCCCCGAGGAGCGUGCCAUGAAGAGAGACAUUCGAUGACUUUUUGAAAAAAUUCUCGAUCAAAUUUGUUCUAUUAAUUAAUGCAUUCUCUUCAUUUUCUUCUUUUUAUUUUACAAGGGAAGGUUUAAGAGGAGAAAUCUUAAUACAGCCCUCGCUGCAAGUAUUGCAAUUUUGCAAUUGUUGUUAAGCUUACAAUUAUAAAAAAUUACUACGAAUUCAUAAAGAUUAUUUUUUAGAAAUCACAAUAAUUUCCUCUUUUCUUAAAAAAUUAAACAAUAUCAUAUAAUAACAGACCAAGGAGAAAGACACAAUUUUAAUUCAAUCUUCUAUUUCAUAUUAUUUUCAUUUUCUAA